ACAGGGAGAAGAAGGCCGCAGCGAUGCCUGACUCCCCCGCCGAGGUGAAGACACAGCCCCGGUCCACGCCCCCCAGCAUGCCGCCCCCUCCACCUGCUGCGUCCCAGGGUGCUACGCGGCACCCCUCAUUCACACCCCACACAAAUCGAGAGGACGGGCCUGCGAUGUCUCUGCCCCAUGGCCGUUUUCAUGGCUGCUUAAAAUGGUCUAUGGUCUGUCUUUUGAUGAACGGCAGCAGCCACUCACCAACAGCCAUCAAUGGCACCCCAUCCACACCCAACGGCUUUAGCAAUGGCCCGGCCACCUCGUCCACAGCCUCACUGUCCACGCAGCACCUGCCCCCAGCCUGUGGGGCGCGGCAGCUCAGCAAACUCAAGCGGUUCCUCACCACCCUGCAGCAGUUCGGCAGUGACAUCUCCCCCGAGAUCGGAGAACGUGUGCGCACGCUGGUGCUGGGCCUCGUGAACUCCACACUGACCAUUGAGGAGUUUCAUUCCAAGCUCCAGGAGGCCACCAACUUCCCACUGCGGCCAUUCGUCAUCCCCUUCUUGAAGGCAAACCUGCCCUUGCUGCAGCGGGAACUCCUGCACUGUGCCCGCCUGGCCAAGCAGACCCCUGCCCAGUACCUGGCCCAGCAUGAGCAGCUUCUGCUAGAUGCCAACGCCUCUUCGCCCAUUGACUCCUCAGAGCUCCUGCUGGAAGUCAAUGAGAACGGCAAGAGGAGGACACCUGACAGGACCAAAGAGAAUGGGUCAGACCGUGACCCGAUGCACCCUGACCCCCUCAGCAAACGGCCGUGCACCCUGAGCCCUGCCCAGCGCUACAGCCCCAGCAACGGGCUGCCCCACCCCACACUGCCUCCACACUACCGCCUCGAGGACAUGGCCUUGGCCCACCACUCCCGUGACUCCUACCGCCACCCUGACCCCCGGGAGCUGCGGGAGCGCCAUCGGCAACUCACGGUCCACGGGUCACGGCCAGAGGAAGUGAUUGACCACAGGCUGACAGAGCGUGAAUGGGCCGAGGAGUGGAAGCACCUCAACAAUCUCCUGAACUGCAUCAUGGACAUGGCUGAGAAGACACGGCGGUCACUGACCGUGCUGCGCCGGUGCCAGGAGGCUGACCGCGAGGAGCUCAACCACUGGGCCCGGCGCUACAGCGACACCGAGGACACCAAGAAGGGCCCUGCACCCCCCGCCGCCCGGCCCCUCAGCAGCUCUGCGGGCGUGGAGGGGUCUCAGCUAGACGUGCACCGGGAGUUCAUGCCUCGGGCCCUCUCCAGCUACAUGCCAGAGGAGAUCUGGAGGAAAGCUGAAGAGGCAGUGAAUGAGGUGAAGCGGCAGGCGAUGUCUGAGCUGCAGAAAGCUGUGUCGGAUGCCGAGCGGAAGGCCCACGAGCUCAUCAGCACAGAGCGCGCCAAGAUGGAACGGGCCCUGGCCGAGGCCAGACGACAGGCCUCUGAGGAUGCUCUCACUGUCGUGAACCAGCAGGAGGACUCCAGUGAGAGCUGCUGGAACUGUGGGCGCAAGGCCAGCGAGACGUGCAGCGGCUGCAACGCAGCGCGCUACUGCGGCUCCUUCUGCCAGCACAAGGACUGGGAGAAGCACCACCAUGUGUGUGGCCAGAGCCUGCAAGGCCCCACGGCCGUGGUGGCCGACCCAGUGCCUGGACAGCCUGAUGCCACUGCCAGCCUGGGCCCCUGCCUGCCCACGGGUGCUACCAGCCCUAGCGAAGCUGGCUCCACUGGGCCCUCUCGACCCGCCUCCCCUGGCCCACUGGAUGCCGCGCCCCGCUGACCACUCCCAGACCCACUGCUCAGCUCACGGGCACAUGCCCACCGACCCCACCCGGCCCCAGCCGCCCAGAUGCUGCGCUCGGCCCUGGGAGCCCAACUAUUGGAGUCACUGCUGCUACUGCUUCUCUCCAAAAGAAAACACAGAACCAACAAAAACUGCAUUCAACGCAACUUCCUCAGCUACCUGAUGAUCUCACGCAACAACCUCUUCAGGCAUCCUCAGAACCUCCCACCAAGCUUUAGACGACGGAGGGGACACUGGCCGGAGUGCCACCGG